GACAUCGAGGAACAGAGAGAGAGAGUUUAAUCUGAGGCUGGUGACUGAAAGAUGCAAGUCCUGCAGCAGAGCAGGUGAAAACCUGACAGACCAUGAGCCAAGACCCUGCGGGGGGAUUUCCAUGUUUAGACCCUGCUGACUGCUGAUUCCAGCCUCCUGAGAGACUAAGCAGACCCCCACCACAACCCCUUCUACCUCCACCACCUCCACCUCUCAGCUGCUUAACUAGAUUCAAGGGCAGCAACUGUAAUCAGGGCUACUUGCUUUUUUCCUGCGCCUAACUCUCUCUUCACUUUAUGCCAAAAAAUCUAAAAUUUUAAGGUACUGGCGACAUCUGCUGAAUCGCACCAUGCAGAGGAGCCCCUGCCUGCCUCAUACAGAGGCUGAACAGCAUCGUGUGAGUGAGGGUGGCGUGUCUAACAGUUUCAAAGCCCUUGGAUGCCAGGAGCAGCUGGAUCCCAAGGACAGUCAGGUCUCCGAGGACCCCCGAGAAUACUGUUAUGGUGGGUACCACCCCAUCCAGAUAGGGGACACCUUCAACAGAAGAUACCAGGUGGUGUCCAAACUCGGCUGGGGUUAUUUCUCCACUGUAUGGCUCUGCCAGGACCUCAAGCUAGGUCGGCGUGUUGCUGUGAAGGUGUUGAAGAGUGGGGCUGGCUUCACCCAGGCUGGAGAGGAUGAACUGGCUCUCCUGCGAUGUGCCAGUGGUUCUGUGGGCCAUCACCCCUUUGGCCAAAAGAUCGUUCGACUGCUAGAUGAGUUUAAGCAGGUUGGGGUCAAUGGGGUACACAUUUGCCUGGUGCUUGAGCUGCUGGGGCCUGACCUGAGAUGCUUGCAGCUCUGCUUUGGGAAUCCAGGACUGUUGCAGCCUUGGAUCAAACAAAUACUUAUCCAGGUCCUGCAGGGGCUGGACUACCUUCACUCUCAAUGUAAAAUCAUCCACACAGACAUCAAGCCAGAAAACAUCCUUGUGUGUCUGGAAGAGCAGUCCCACAAAGCACCAGCAGGGGGCAGCAGCUCCUCCUCGUUACAGACUGGGAAGGAAGCCAGUUCACCAGAAAGCAAUCAGGUAAACCCAUACAGCUUAAAGGAAAUUGCAGUGAAGAUUGCUGACUUGGGGAGCUCCUGUUGGGUGUACAAACAUUUCUGUGAGGAGAUCCAGACCCGACAGUAUCGCUCACUAGAGGUUUUGCUGGGAUCUGAGUAUGGCCCACCUGCUGACAUCUGGAGUGUCGCAUGCAUGGCCUUUGAGUUGGUCACUGGAGACUCACUGUUUGAGCCCAGAGCCAGUGAUUCCAUUUCCCUGGAGGAAGAUCAUAUUGGCCAGAUAACGGAGCUGCUUGGCAAAAUCCCGGCCGCUGUUGCCUUGUCGGGUAAAUACUCUGCUGAGUACUUCAGCUGCAGAGGCGACCUGCGUCGUGUCGGUCCGCUGAGGUUCUGGAGUCUCUAUGAGGUUUUGGUGGAGAAAUACCACUUCCUGUUGGAGGAGGCCUCUGGGUUCUCUGACUUCCUACUUUCCAUGUUGAAUUAUCACCCAGAGAAGAGGGCCACUGCUGCACAGUGUCUCCGCCACCCUUGGUUGACUUCCUGUUAGCUUCUUGUUAGGCCUCGGCAGCCCUUAUAGACAGAUGCUUCAAGUUGCUGCUAGACUUUGUCGAUUUCAGGGCAUCUUUGUGUUUUCACAGCAUCUGAUGGGCUUCUUAUACAACAUUCAAAAAAGAAGAAUUUGAACUUCGCUACAAGAGCCCAGCAAAGCACAAUGAGCUUUUUCAACUUCCUUGCGAUUUUUUUUAAACAACCAUGAGAAGCUCAGCUCUGACGCUGCUAAUAAGUGUGAAGUUCUCAUUCUGCAACCAAGUGUGGAUUUAUUCUUUAGUAAUUUUGAAUAUGAUUUUCUAUCUGAGAAUGACUCAAACUGUAAUCAUUUGUUGAUCUUUUACAGUGCAUGUGCUCGUUUAGUUUAAGUUUUGUACAGUAAAGUGAAGCACUUUAAAGAAUAAAGUGACAUUA